AGAAGAAGAGGCUGCCUGGUUGCUGUUAAAACUUGAAUGUCUUUCCAUUUUUCAUGUCUAUGGCCAAAAACCUCUCUGCUUUCCUUUCUAUAUCAUCAACAGAGGACCAUAAAUGACUUUAAAUUGGGAAGAACUAUCUCUCUGUAACUCUUUGUGAUUUCCAAAUAUGCAGUUUUUAAAAUGCAUUAGACUUUUAUUUUAAAUCAGUGCGUCCUGCAGUGGGCUGCAGCUACACAUUGGAGCAAGACAAAACAUCCUGAACACCUUUCAUCUUCUGGGGACGUCCACAGAAGUUGAACAGAUUCAUGGAGAAGACACUAACAAUAGGCCUGACUCUUUUUUUAACACUCUGUCUGAACAUCCCAGAAGCUGGAGGACGGAGGGAGGCCACUCAUGGCGAGGACACUCAGAAACGUUCAUCACGAUCUUCAGAUACAAAAGGAGGCCGUUGCUCCUACACCUUCAUUGUCCCACAGCAAAAACUCACAGGAGCCCUGUGUUUGAAUACACAGUCUGCCUCCACCAACCAUUCAGAGGUGGCAACACUGCGGGCGGAGCUCAAACGCCAGCAGGAGCAGAUGGAGAAGCUUCGAAGCCAGCUGGAACAGGAGGGGUCCCUUGCUGUAGAAGUGAGAGCCUUGCGCAAAGAGAGUAGCAACAUGAAUUCUCGUAUUACGCAGCUUUAUGCCCAGCUGCUGCAUGAAGUCAUGCAAAAGAAGGAUCAAGCUUUGGAGCAGCGAAGGGUGGAGAACCUCCUGUUAAAUGCUACAACACAGGCUCUGCAGGUUUCCAGUAAUUACAGGGAACUGGAGAAGAAAUAUGGCGCCCUCACCUCCAUGAUGAGCUCACAGAACCAAUUAAUCGCUCGUCUUGAGAAGCAGUGUCAGUGCAGAGACUUAACCCAGGCCUCUCUGUCUGUACAGGUAACAACUGAACCACCACAAAGUCAGUCCAAUAUGCAUCCAAAUUACAGCUCCGGCGCCAACAAAAUGACCAACGAUGUUCAAAGGGACCAAAGUGCUCCUCCACCACAGAAGGAAAAAACCACUUAUUCCCUCCCCAGCACAACAGCCAACACUCCUACUGACCCCCCGUUCAUUAGCUUUCCAGUCACAAAGACUCCAGGCCCGUGGCGGGACUGCCAGCAUGUUUUAGAAUCAGGCGAGACCACCAGUGGGAUCUACUUGCUCCACUUACAGAAUGCCAACCGCCUUGUGCAGGCGUGGUGUGAGCAGAGUCAAGCUCAGGGAGGCUGGACGGUCAUCCAGAGGAGACAGGAUGGCUCGGUCAACUUCUUCAGAACCUGGGAGCAGUAUAAGCAAGGCUUUGGGAACCUAGAUGGGGAGUACUGGCUCGGCCUGGAACACCUCUACUGGCUAACUAAACAGGCCCAGUAUAAGCUGCGAGUGGCUCUAGAGGACUGGCAGGGCCGGCAGGUGUUUGCUGAGUAUGACAGCUUCCACUUGGAACCGGAGAGUGACUGGUACCGACUGCGGUUAGGACAAUACCACGGCAAUGCAGGGGACUCCCUCUCGUGGCACAACAACAAGGCUUUCACCACCCUGGAUCGAGACAAAGACAGCUACACAGGUAACUGUGCUCAUUACCAAAAGGGAGGCUGGUGGUACCACAUGUGUGCCCACUCUAAUUUGAAUGGAGUAUGGUAUCGAGGUGGACACUAUCGUAGCCGCUAUCAGGAUGGGGUCUACUGGGCAGAAUUCCAUGGAGGGUCCUACUCUCUCAAACGAGUUUACUUGAUGAUCAAGCCCACAUAAUUUUUUUAAUGGACAUGUAAGGAAAAAAAACAUUAUGAACUGAAGUAGACAUAUUAAUCAAGUAUAUUCAGUGUAAACCCUGUACAGCAGUGCAAGGGGGCAGGACAUUUACAUUUCAAGGAAUCAAAAGUGAUCAAUUCAACAUUUUAAUCUUGGAUGUGGGUUGUUGCCUUAAAAAAGGAAAAAAGAAAUCUGUACUGAAAAAGGCCAGAUAAUGAAUGAGAAAAUUCUGUCUUUCUUUCAAUUUCUGCAGGUAAUGGUUACAAAGUUCUGUCGUUAGCCUAGGCUGUAAUAAACUUGAUCUGAUGAUACAUAAGGCUGCCUAAACUGCAUGACAUACAACAUAUCAUGAUUAAGACUGAUGAUUAUGAUUAAGACAUUUUUUUUUUGUUUGUAUGAUUCAAAUUUUAGAUUAAGGUUGUUAAGGAGCUGCAUUUGGUCCACAGGCUGCAUAUUGAGAAGCUUUGCUGUACAGUGUUUAGCUACUGUGUUUAAGCGUCAGUGAAAACAGUUUCAUAUACUGAG